AAAAAAGCUACCAUAUUCUCUACUGAAGGCGAGGCUAAACAAUGACGUAAAAUAGACGUCAUUGUAAGGCCAACAGCCAAUAGGAACGGUGGUUUUGGCAUCGUUCACCGUAUAAAACGUCAUCCAUUUCCUACUCGCUCCGUCUGAAAUACGCAGCUUUGCUGUAUGUUUUGUGGCGGCGGCGAUCUCGUCGAAGAUCUCCAUUAUUUGGUGCCGUGAAGGGGUGAAUGCGCUUCUUGCGCAGGCUGCUAUGGAGUUGCGGAAGGCCAGAUAAAUGUUGUCAAAUUUGUAUUUAAUAACAUGUUAUCAGAAGAAACCGUAGCAAGUCUUGAAAAAGACUACAAUGACAUCGAAGCGAAGCAGGGGUGGCACUUAUUGUACCAUGAGAUCCGGACGGACGCACAGCAGUUUGACUUCACAUGCAAGGACGCGAAACGGCUGGAGAACCGUUCUUUGAACCGGUACCGCGACGUGAACCCGUAUGACCACGCGCGGAUCAAGCUCGGCCGCGGCCAGGUGGACUACAUCAAUGCCAGUCUGGUGGAAAUACCGGCGGCGCGGCGGCGCUACAUCCUCACGCAGGGCCCGCUGCCCAACACCACCGGCCACUUUUGGCUGCUCGUUUGGGAACAGUGCUCCCGCGCCAUCAUCAUGCUCAACAAAACCAUCGAAAAGAAUCAGAUUAAGUGCCACCAGUACUGGCCGCUGGUUUCCGGCGCGGAGGACCGUUUGCAGUUGGAAGACGUGGGUCUGACUGUAGAGCUGGUCAGCCAGACUGACUGUAGCUACUACACAGUUUCCGCGCUCAAACUGACAGACCAGGAGAGUGGCGAGCACCGCGAGGUACUCCACUACCACUACACGACAUGGCCCGACUUUGGCAUCCCGCAGUCGCCUCACGCGUUCCUCAUGUUCCUGUCGGCCGUGCGCGAGGCGGGUGUGCUCGAGGAGUCGGUGGGACCAGCCGUGGUGCACUGCUCGGCCGGCAUCGGGCGCAGCGGCACCUUCAGCCUCGUGGACAGCUACCUGCUUAUGCUGGAGCGUGGCUGUGUGGACGGCCAGAGCAUCCAGAGCGUUCUGUUGACCAUGCGCCGGUACCGCAUGGGCCUCAUCCAGACGCACGAGCAGCUCAAGUUCUCCUACCAGGCCAUAGUGCAGGGGGCACGGUCAUUGCUCAAACACAACGCGCUGUGUGAUAUGUUGAACGGAAGCGGCGCAUCGCCUCAGAAACGGAAACUGGCGGCCAACGACGACUCGGAUGACGAGACGCCGCCUCCUCCGCCGCCGCGCACCGAGUCGCUAAAACGAUCGAAAGCGGUUGAGGAGUCGCGAAAUGCAGAUUUGAAUAAUGAGGAGCACCUUUCCGACUCGACCGAAGAGGAGGCGCCUCAGCCACAGCCUCAGCUCGCCCCGUGCGCCGGCCUCGGGCGAACCGCCGGAGACGGAGAGUCCGCCAUCGGCGCAACCGCCGACCGGCUGCCCCGCCUCGUCGACGCCCCGCUCCUGAACGACGGGAACAGCGGUCUGCGCCAGCGACGCGUGCGGAAGGCGCAGCUGGAGCAGCGUGUCGAGGAGAUGCGCCGCAGACAGCUGGAGCACGAGCUGUGGCAGCGGCGCAAACAGCAGCUGCGCCCGCUCGGCUACACGGCGGCGGCGCUGGGCGGCGCCGUGCUCGUCUACCUGAUGUGGUCGCGCUGGUUGUAGCGCGCCGGCCGGUCCCGUGCGGCAGUACAAAGGGCCGGCCGCGCCGACCGUACUCAGCCGUCAGUGGCGCAGCGCGGCGCUCUCCAUAGGUGUCGCGCGCGCGCCGUCCGCGCCGCCGCCCGCGCCCACCGUCACGCGUGCGCGCGCGCGCAGAAUCGUGCCAAGUUCGAGAGCGGGGUGAGCCGGCGCGCCGCGCGGCGGCCCGCCCGCCGCUCCUCCCGUGUCCGCCCCCUCCGCACCGCGGCCGGAGCAGCGGCGCCGCGCCGCCCCGGCGGUCUUUUACCUUUUCAUACUGUUUGUGUUGUGCGCGCCCGAGGGAGGCGGCGGCCGGAUCCCGUUAUUUUUUAUAUAACAGAUGGGAGGCGGGCCGGCCGGCUCGUCGGCAUCGGCGCUGCUCGGCGGCCCGUGCCGGCCGUGCGCACCCGACACACGUGUUUUGUAACCACCGGGCCGUCACGCGAGGUUGAUAAAUACACGUAUAUUUUAGAAACGAA